AUGAGAUGUAAUUUACGUUGCUAAUGGCUUGGUCCUUUUCGAAUCGAGAACAUUUUCACAACGGAGCUGAAAUGAUAACUUGAAGUGAAGAAAAGCCUUGAAUGUUAAGAGGACAAGUGUCACAGACUUUUAACGAAGUUGAAUCGCAGUAACAAUGUUCAACUCAAGUUGCACAAUACGCUCACUGGAUGGAGUUUCUGCGUUCAGUGUAAAUGUUCUCUCUGCCUUGUUUGGAGGUUUCGGAAACAUCUUGGUCUGCUUUACUGUGUAUUCAAGCUUUCGACUUCAUAAAACGUGGUGCUAUUUUAUUUGCAGCCUCUCUGUUGCUGAUCUCCUCGUUAACCUUAUUGUCCAACCCAUGGAAGCCAUUCUAAUUGUGAGUCGUAUGACAGGUGUCUGCCAAGUCAUCCUUCGAGAUGCGUUUCGUUUAGCAGCGUAUAUAACGUGUGGUGCUUCUCUUAUGAAUCUCGCUUUCAUGAGCGUUGAACGCUUGUUAGCCAUCUCCAGGCCAUUGAGCAAAAGACAGAUAUUAACGAGGAGAAAGAUGCUUUUCAUUCAACUUGUGACAUGGGGAAUUCCUUGCGUCUUAGGAAUCACUGGUCAAGUUGCGAGAAAGAGCACUAAGCUCUCCUCGAUAUUAAUUCUUAUAGGACUGGCAGGUUGUUACGGGGUUAUAUUGAGCAGUUAUGGAAUACUUCUGCUGCGAGCUAAGGCUCAUUUUAAGGUGUCUCAUCGCAUGAUAGCAACCUUUCGGCCGCACGAAAAUGAGGACAAAAAGCGCGCGACUCCCUCCAGUAAAGAUCGUGUUUUUGUGUACAGGAACGCAACGGUGAAAAAACGGCGAGAAUCCGAAAAGCGUGCGGCAAGGACAGUCGCUGUUGUGAUUGGUGUAUUUACACUCAGUUGGGUUCCAUACGGGUAUGUUCUCGUCAGUGACCCGGAGCAGAAAGUGAAAUCUUUCUAUAUUUGGGCAGUCACGCUCGGGUUAACAAACUCGGCAGUAAAUCCUGUAAUUUAUUUCUUUAGUAGCAAAGACUUCAGGGAGAACUCGAAACGGACCCUUCGGUCUCUCCUGCGAAUGUCAUGAUUACAUGAAGUCACAAAGGCCAUGCUGGUUACCAGAACAAUUGCAUGGCGGCCAUGUUGGGGUUGAAGUCAGCCCCGUGGAAUUGGAACCCACUCCUUGUGUAAACUCAUGUUCCAAUAAAGUUAUGUAACUGCCCACCACGUGAUUGGAAAUGUGAU